AUAUGCACUUUAUAUAGCACUUGAGACUUAUGUAGAGCUUCAGUGUGCACUGGACGUUCCACAGAAAAGACGUGGUUUUCGCCUAUAGAUUUAAACCCAAAAUCAACAUGUUUUGGAAAGCGAUUCUUAUCACUACGCUUGCGAUGGGUGCGCUUGCCGAGUACCAAGUCACUGAGGACCAGAAGAAGCAGUACACGGAUAUGCUCAAACAAUACUGCAAGAAGAAUGGUGCUGAAGACAAAGUAGAUGAAGUAAAGACCUCAAUAACCAACUUUGCGGACUGCAUGAAGGCUAUUAUCGAUGCUGACACUUUGAAGAAGGAGAUCGAGGAUGCUAAGCCCAAAGGUGCACUUGAUGAAGUAUUCAAGAAGUACUGCGCCAAAUCGCCACAGUUGAAGACUUGCAUCCACACCCUGAUGACUGGCGUGACCCCCUGCCUGGACACCACCGCCCGCGAUAACAUUGGAUUCGCCAACAACGCAACGGACCAGCUCAUCGACUUCGUGUGCUACAAGGACGGCGAUAGGAUAGCUCUGUUCAUUGCGGAACAAGGUCCCGAGUGCUUCCAGGAGAAAGCCAGCAACAUCCGCGAGUGCGCCACCGCCAUCAGGGAGGGAAUCAAUUCCGUCGACGACGCCAAGAAACUCACUCAAGCCGAGCAAUGCGCCAAAUUCGACGAGUUGACGGCAUGUAUAGUGAAGGCCCUUGAGGAGUGCUCCACUCCGACGCCUGGCAACAUGGCCGAAUCACUGUUCCGAUUCGUACGCCGCAGUAGCCCGUGUCCUAAGAAGGAGGAAUGAUUCGCGUCAAUCUAUCAUUACUAAGUGGAUGAGUUGAUUAAAAAGUGCCAUUUACUAAUUUUAUGUACCUAUCUAUUACUAUUAAAGAGUUAAAAUUCUAA